AUGGAUUUGGUUAAGGCUCUACGUCGUUCCAUGAAGGGCGAGAAACACAAGCCCAACAGCCCCUCCAUCGGCUCCAAGUCGGCGCUCGCAAUCGUCCCGCCCAAAAAGGUCAUCCGGGCCAACGACGACUACCAACCCGACGAUGCCCUCGUUCAGAGCUUUGCCAAGGCCGGCGUUCAGAUCCUCAGCUUCUCCAAGGGCGACUUCUUCCACGUCAUCGGUCGCGAAGACGAUGCCAACUGGUAUGAGGCCUGCAACCCGGCGCUGCCUGACGCCCGUGGCCUCGUUCCGGUAGGCUAUUUCCAGGUCCUCGGCCGCACCGAGCGCGACAGCGGCCACUCCGACGGCAAGAACCAGGACCACGAUUCGGGCUAUGGCGAGGCCGCCGUCCACCCCGCCGGCGCCAACCGAGCCUCCAAACCCGCCAAGUCGGGCGGCAUCGUCAGCGCAAAGGUCAAAUACUACUUUGAAGCCGCCAAGGGCCGCCCCGACGAGUUGACGGCCAACGAAGACGAGGACCUCAUCAUCAUCGCCCAAUCAAACAAGGAAUGGGUCGUCGCCAAGCCCAUCCGCAGACUGGGCGGCCCGGGCCUGAUCCCCAUAGGCUUCAUCGACAUCUUUGACGAUGACUCGUACCGCACGAAUCCGCCGACGCCGGUCGCGGAUCCCCUCGAGGCCCUCAGAAAGGCCAACGUCCCGACCGUCGAGGAGUGGAAGCGGAUGGCAGCGCAGUAUAAGAACAGCAGCAUCACGCUCGGCAAGUUUGACGGGUCGAGAGGCCCGCAGAACCAGCAACAGCAGCCGCAGCAGCAGCAACAGGCGGGGCUUGAACAAAACAUGGCGCGCAUGAGCCUGCAGCAGCAGCAGCAGAUCAACCAAAACGGGUCUCAGGCCAUGUACGCCAACGCUGGCGCUGGCGGCCAACAGCCGGUGCAAGAGUACGCCGCCCACGAAAAUGCAGCCCAGCUGUACGCCCCCGUGUGGGCCCGGAUACCGCGGUACUGCUUUGCCGAGGAGAAAUACUGGUUCGUCAUCGAGGCGGAACUCGAAGAUGGCCGCUCCUGGGAGCUGUCGCGAUACUACCAAGACUUUUACGACUUCCAAAUCGCCCUGCUUGCCGAGUUCCCCGCCGAGGCUGGAAACACGGGCACGCAGAAGCGAUCGCUGCCGUACAUGCCCGGUCCCGUCAGCUACGUCACCGACGCCAUCACCGAAGGCCGCCUUUACAACCUGGAUGCCUACGUCAAGAAUCUACUGAACCAGCCGCCGCACAUCUCCCGGUGCGACUUGGUCAAGCUCUUCUUCGCGCCCCGCGAAGGCGACUACGAGAUCGACAGCAACGCAAAUGGCGACGAGGAGUACCGCCUGUCCCAGGGCUCGCGCCAGUCGUCGGCCGACUCGCCAGCAAAUGCUGCGUCCAGACAGGGAUCGCGGAACAACCUGAAUGGCUACAACUACGGAGGUCUGUCAGCGACACCGCGGCAGGGCACCUCGCAGCAAGAUGGCGCGCAGAAACAAGCUGCGCCGAUGAAGAUCAAAGUGCGGUUCAAGGACGACGUAUUUGCCAUGAGAGUGUCGACAGACAUCCAGUUCCAAGAGCUGGCCGACAGGAUCCGAGACCGCGUCAAGGCCACGGCGGCCGAGCAGGUGCAGCUCUCGUUCCAAGACGAACCGUCGGGCACGCGACAGAACCUGGCGAACAACGGCGACCUCGACUACGCGCUGCAGCGAAACGAGAAGCUGACGCUCUUUGUCGAGGUUUCCUGA